AAGGACAUUUUGGUCAAAUGUCACUUUCCAAUUUUUUACAAAUUGCAAACACUUUUCCAACAGAAUUAUGCAUCAACAUGAUCUUAUAAUGCCUAUAAAUACCAUCUCAUGUCUUCCAUACUUUGCAUCCAACACAAACUCUUCUUUGUCACUCAAUAUUUUUGCAUAAAAUUACCAAAAAAAUAAAAUUAAAGUUAUCAUUUUUUCCCUUAAAAUAUGGCAAUCUCAAAAAACCUUGCUCAUCUAUUAUUUGUCACUUUGAUGCUCAUUGUAUUGACAACAAUCCAGGCUGCUACUCAAUCUCAGCUACAAAUCCAAAGUAGCCACCCAAUGUAUGGUGCCUCACAGGGAAGCCUCCACCCACAAGAAUGUGGAGGAAGAUGUACAAUGAGAUGCUCAGCCACAGCAUACAAGAAACCAUGCAUGUUUUUCUGCCAGAAAUGCUGUGCAAAGUGCCUGUGUGUCCCACCUGGUACCUACGGCAACAAACAACUUUGCCCUUGCUACAACAACUGGAAGACCAAAAGAGGAGGCCCUAAAUGCCCUUAAUUUUAUUUACUACUUUGUCCGCUCAUCAAGUUAAUGAAACGUAAAACUGUGAGAACAAACGUAACAAACUUAAUGAAACGGAGAGACUAGUAUUUUUCAAAUACCACUAUUAUUAUUAUUAUUAUUAUUAUUAUAAAACCGUACUUUUUUUCAUAGAAAGAGAUUUUACAAGAAGUUGAUUGAGAGUCGAGCAACAAAUUGAGCACCCACACCCUUAUUAUUAUUAUUAUUAUUAUUAUUAUUAUUAUUAUCAUUAUUAUUAUUAUUA